AUGCGGCCAACAUCCCUGACGUCCUGCGUCAGGAAAGUCAUGGAGCACGUCUGCCUCAACAGGGUGACGACGGUCCUCGAAAAGCGGGACGCCUUCGGCACUCACAUCAUCGGUUUCCGGAGGGUGCUUUCCACACAGGAUACCAUGCUGGAGAACAAGGAACAGGUCGUUAACGCACCAAGCGCGCAUGGGCGCGCCCUGCUCGGAUUAGACCUGAAGAGCGCCUUCGACACCGUGAAACACACGGCUAUAUUGGACAAGGUAAGCCGACUUUACCUCGGUGCGAGGUUUCACCGGUACGUCAGCAGCUUCCUGAACGGGCACAAGGCGAAGGUCAAGAUCGACGAGGCCCUGCCGUGA